AUGUAUGGAGUUACUAAGAGAGAUCAUCGAUGCACAGAGCUGGAUAUGAUAGGAGGAUGGACUCCAGCCAAAGGAUUUGAUCCUUCAGUCUCCCUGUAUCUGACAGGACAAAGUUUAAUGGAUUUUACAGGAGAUAUCUUGGUGGUUUCCGUUGUUAGCUGUUUUCCAUAUUUUGUGCUGAGCAAGGAUCAGAAUGGAACGUUAAUUCCCAAAUAUGGAACUGAUCUAACUAUGUUGAACGCCCUCGCCAGUACUAUGAACUUCAGGUAUGUCAUCAAAACGCCGUUAGAUGGAGAAUGGGGAAUUCAAUUAUCAAAUCAAACUUGGAGCGGUAUGAUCGGUAUGGUUCAACGAAAGGAAGCUGACCUCUCUGUUGAUGGAAUAGUCAUCACGAGUGAUAGAAAAGAAGUAGUCGACUUCUCAAUACCUUACGCUUAUGAAUCAGUGUCUUUCGUCACCAAGGCACCCACAGCCAAACGUCGAGCUCUGGCUAUCAUAAAACCUUUCUCUUGGCAGGUUUGGUUAGGUGUUUCUCUCUCUCUGGUCUUGGCGACGACAUUUUUAACCCUUACUUCCAAUUUGAUGGAAGAGUGGUAUCCAGCUAAUCCGUGGAUUGCUGCAUUAUGGUAUAUGUGGGGGUGUCUGGUUGCUCAAGGUGGCAAAAUACCCUUGAAGAAAGUGUAUAGUGUAAGAGUGUUUCUGGCUGGUUGGUGGCUCUUUGCAGUAGUUUUUAUUGCAUUAUACGCUGGUACGCUGACGUCUUACAUGACUGUUUUGACGAAAGAACAACCAAUAGAUACAGUGAAUGCUUUAAAGAAAGAAGUUUCACAAGGGAGAUACAGUUGCGGUUCCCUUAAAGGGACAUUUCUUGAAGAGAAACUUUUGAAUCCGAAGGAUCCAGUUUAUGGUGCUAUAGGAGAGUCAACCCAAAAAGACCCUAGUAACACUGUGCAAAGCGAUAGUUUUGGUUUGAUGAAAACCCUAAACAGUAAAUAUGCCUACAUCAACGUCCAGGGACAAUUGGAAUUUCAAGCAGCAAAAAUGGGAGAAGAAAAUUUCGUAUUUUCAAGAGAUUCAUUUAGCCGAAUCAUCCUCGGUAUAGCUCUUCGAAAACGCUGUCCGUAUAAAGAGUCGUUUGAUAAGCUGUGA